CGCGUCCGAGGCUCGCGGGCGGCGGGCCCCGGAUGGUACAGCAUGGACGAUUUUGCCCUGGGAGAUUUCACUGUAGCAGAUGAUGCCUUGUUAGAAGAUUGCCCUUAUGUGGAUGAUUGUGUCUUUGCUCCUGAAUUUAUGUCCAAUGAUUAUGUUCGUGUGACACAACUUUACUGCGAUGGGGUGGGUAUGCAGUAUAAAGAUUUUACUCAAAGUGAGAGAAACUUAGAAUUUGACAUCUGCAAUAUGUGGUGUAGUAAACCAGUUUCUGUCCUGCAAGAUUACUGUGAUGCCAUUAAAAUAUACAUCUUCUGGCCACUUCUGUUUCAACGUCAGCACAGUUCUAUAAUAUCACGGUUGCACCCCUGUGUGGAGGCCAUCAAUUCUCAUGCUUCUGAGAUAAGUUUGAAGAAAUUACAACAUCUGGAAUUGAUGGAAGAUAUUGUGGAUUUGGCAAAGAAAGUUGUGAAUGAUUCAUUCUUUAUCGGAGGCUUACUGAGAAUUGGUUAUAAAAUAGAAAAUAAAAUCUUGGCAAUGGAGGAAGCUUUGAAUUGGGUGAAAUACACAGGUGAUGUAACAAUUCUACCUAAGUUAGGAGCAGUUGACAAUUGUUGGCCUAUGUUAAGUAUUUUCUUUACUGAAUACAAGUAUCACAUAACUAAAGUUGUAACAGAAAACUGCAAUUUGCUUGAAGAAUUUAAAACUCAAAAUUGUGCGGAAUGUAUAGAGCAAGGAGAGCUAAUGAAAAUGAAAGGAAAUGAAGAGUUUUCAAAAGAAAGAUUUGAUAUAGCUAUUAUCUAUUACACCAGAGCCAUUGAAUAUAGACCUGAAAAUCAUCUUCUUUAUGGUAACCGAGCUCUUUGUUUUCUUCGCACCGGACAGUUUAGAAAUGCACUUGGUGAUGGAAAGAGAGCCAUUAUCCUGAAGAGCAAUUGGACAAAGGGUCAUUAUCGUUAUUGUGCUGCUCUUUCUAUGCUGGGGGAAUAUGACUGGGCCCUACAAGCAAACAUAAAAGCUCAAAAACUCUGUAAAAAUGACCCUGAGGGAAUCAAGGAUCUAAUUCAGCAGCAUGUAAAGUUACAAAAACAAAUAGAAGACCUGCAAGGUCGAACACCAACUAGAAAUCCAAUUAAAGCCUUCUAUGAAAGCAGGGCCUAUAUACCCAGUUUAUCAGCACCUGCGUUUAGUACUUCACUUAACUUUGUGGAAACCGAAAAAGAUUGCAGAAAAACUAACCACGAAAUGGCAAACGGUGGUAAUCAGAAUCUAAAGGUGGUAGAUGAAGCUUUGAAGGUAGAUGAUUGUGACUGUCAUCCUGAAUUUCUACCACCAUCAGGUCAGCCUCCAAAAUAUAAAGGAAAACAAAAAUCUCGAAACAAUGAAUUGGAGAAAUUCAGUUCUAGUUCACAAGGGAGUUUACCAGUAGAUUUGAAGAACAUCUUGGAAAAACAGUUUUCUAAAUCUUCCAGAGCUGCACACCAGGAUUUUGCUAAUAUAAUGAAGAUGCUGAGGAGCCUGAUUCAGGAUGGUUACACGGCUCUGUUGGAGCAGCGCUGCCGAAGCGCUGCGCAGGCCUUCACGGAGCUGCUCAACGGUUUAGAUCCUCAAAAAAUAAAGCAAUUGAACCUGGCCAUGAUUAACUAUGUCUUAGUAGUCUAUGGACUUGCUAUUUCUCUCCUUGGAAUAGGACAGCCUGAGGAAUUAUCUGAAGCUGAAAACCAGUUUAAGAGGAUGAUUGAACACUACCCCAAUGAGGGACUUGAUUGCUUGGCCUACUGUGGAAUUGGAAAAGUAUAUUUGAAGAAGAACAGAUUUCUAGAAGCUCUCAAUCAUUUUGAGAAAGCAAGAACCUUGAUUUGUCGUCUUCCUGGAGUGUUAACUUGGCCCACAAGUAAUGUGAUUAUUGAAGAGACUCAGCCGGGGAAAAUAAAGAUGCUGUUAGAGAAAUUUAUUGAAGAAUGCAGGUUCCCUCCAGUGCCAGAUGCCAUUUGUUGCUAUCAGAAGUGCCGUGGAUAUUCCAAAAUCCAGAUAUAUAUAACUGAUCCAGACUUCAAGGGUUUUAUACGAAUCAGCUGCUGCCAAUACUGUAAAAUAGAAUUUCACAUGAACUGUUGGAAGAAGUUGAAAACAACAACUUUUAAUGAUAAAAUUGACAAGGAUUUUCUACAAGGAAUUUGUCUUACCCCUGACUGUGAAGGAAUCAUUUCUAAGAUUAUCAUUUUCAGCAGUGGUGGUCAAGUUAAAUGUGAAUUUGAACACAAGGUCAUAAAAGAAAAGGUUCCUCCAAGACCUAUUCUGAAACAGAAAUGUUCUAGCCUAGAGAAGCUAAGACUGAAAGAAGACAAAAAAUUGAAGAGAAAGAUCCAAAAAAAGGAAGCAAAAAAAUUAGCACAAGAAAGAAUGGAAGAGGACUUAAGGGAAAGUAAUCCACCCAAAACUGAAGAGCAGAAAGAAACUGUAGACAAUGUUCAGAGUUGCCAGUUCCUUGAUGACAGAAUUCUGCAGUGCAUAAAGCAGUAUGCUGACAAGAUAAAAUCUGGUAUUCUGAACACUUCCAAGCUUCUCAAAGAAUUGCUUUCUUGGAAGGUUUUAAGCACAGAAGACUACACAACCUGUUUUUCUAGCAGAAAUUUUCUAAAUGAAGCAGUGGACUAUGUCAUUCGUCACUUGAUUCAAGAAAAGAAUAGAGUAAAGACCAGGAUAUUUCUGCAUGUUUUGAGCGAGCUUAAAGAAGUGGAGCCAAAAUUAGCCGCCUGGAUCCAGAAACUUAACAGCUUCGGUUUAGAUGCCACAGGACCUUUUUUUUCUCGUUAUGGAGCGUCUCUUAAGGAGCUUGAUUUUAGCAUCAUGACUUUUCUCUGGAAUGAGAAAUAUGGUCAUAAACUAGCCUCUAUAGAAGGAAAGCAACUUGAUUACUUCUGUGAGCCAACAUCACUGAAGGAAGCGCGGUGUUUAAUAUGGCUGCUAGAAGAGCACAGAGACAAGUUCCCCGCACUGCAUAAUGCUCUAGAUGAGUUCUUUGACAUAAUGGAUACAUUGACAGUAUCAUGGCAAAGGUUGCAUAUUAAAUGGACAGAAUUUAUCAACAGCCGCUGUACUGUAUUAAGGAAACAAGACAGUGGCGAUGUGCCGUUUAAUUCUGCUAAGAUAAAAAAUAAAGGCAAGAAAAAGAAGCCAAAAGAUUCAAAGCCUAUGUUAGUGGGGUCUGGAACAGCUUCAGUAACAACAAAUAAUGAGACUGUCACUUCAGGUGAAGACCAUAACAGACGCAAUUCAAAUUCUGCAGGCCCAUUUGUGGUACCUGACCACCUUCGACAAGAUGUAGAAGAAUUUGAAGCUAUCUAUGAGCAGCACAGUAGUGAAUAUGUUGUCCGUAAUAAGAAGCUGUGGGACAUUAACCCAAAACAAAAGUGUUCAACUCUGUAUGAUUAUUUCUCUCAGUUGUUGGAGGAGCAUGGUCCGUUGGACAUGAGUAAUAAAAUGUUCUCUGAAGAAUAUGAAUUCUUCCCAGAAGAAACUCGACAGAUACUAGAAAAAGCUGGAGGUUUGAAAUCUUUUCUCCUGGGAUGUCCUCGUUUUGUUGUGAUUGACAACUGUAUUGCAUUGAAGAAAGUUGCAUUGCGGCUCAAGAAGAAGAGAAAGAAGAAAAACAUUAAGACAAAAGUGGAAGAAAUUUCAAAAACAGGGGAGUAUUUACGAGUUAAACUACCACUGAAUCCAUCCGCUAGGGAAUUUAAACCAGAUGUAAAAUCCAAACCAGUGUCUGAUUUAUCUUCAGCAGCAUCUUCUGAGGAUGUGAAGCCCAAACCUAUAGCUGCGAAUUCUCCCAAACCAACCUGUGAGGCUGUGAAGCCAAAACCAGUGUCUGAUAAUUCUUCUAGAUCAGUUUCGGAGAAUGAGAAACCCAAAGAGGUCUCUUCUGAUCCUCCCAAACCAGUAUCCGAGGAUGCAGGUCACAAGGGAGUGUCCUCUAAUUCUCCCAAACCAGCUUCUGAGGAUGUGAAACCAACCUACUGGACUCAACCCCAUUUGGUCACAGGAUACUGUACAUACCUCCCCUUUCGGGGGUUUGACAUUACCCAGACACCACCAACAUAUAUAAAUGUGUUACCGAGUUUGCCCCAGUACACUAACAUUUAUACAUCUCUGGCCAGCGUUUCUUCUGAGUAUCAGCUGCAAAGAUCAGUGCCGGUGGUACCAUCUGUUAUAGCCAGUGACGGACCUGGUGAAAGUGCUGCUGUGUAUUUUGAGGGUCAUCGUUUGAAUGCUGAGAAUGCCCUUGGUAACCAGAUUGUCCCGAAAACACAGAUCCUUCAGGACUCUCUGGAAGUAUCAGUAAAGACACAGUGCAGCACAGACGGUGCUGAUACAGCCCUUAGUGAGUCGAACAGAUAUGAUGGUCACUGUGGAAAUUCUGCCAACAAGUGGGAAGUAAAUCCAGGAAAUACCGAUGAAAUAACAAAUAUUCCACAUACACAAGUGGUUGCCAUACAGGUGUCUUGGAAUAUAAGACAUCAAGAAGUCAAUACUGAGCCAUAUGAUCCUUUUGAGGCACAACAGGGAGAUAUUUUACAGAUUGAGAAGGAGUACCAGGUUUUACAAGAGCAGCUUAAGGAGGCAUGCGAAAAUUAUGAGCAGAGAAAACUCGAGGGCUCAGAAGAGACCAGGGACCUGGAAGAAAAGUUGAAAAGGAACUUAGAAGAAAACAAGAUCUCAAAGACAGAAUUAGAUUGGUUCCUUGAAGAUUUGGAAAAGGAAAUAAAAAAAUGGCAACACGAGAAAAAAGAAAUCCAAGAAAGUCUGAAAGCACUAACAAAGAAAAUGAGAAAGGUUUUAAAUGCCAGCGAGUCAUAUGCCCAGAAAAAUGAUGAAAAAGAUAAGGAACAUGAAUUACUUCUGGAUCAGUCCCUUGAAAUCAGUAACACAUUUACAAAUGAGAAAAUGAAAGUAGAAGAAUGUAUAAAGAAAGGGAAGGAGAAUUAUGAAGAGAGUCUCCAAAGAGCUGUGGCUGCAGAGGUAUCUGUGCUUGAAAACUGGAAGGACAUGGAUGUGUACAAAUUACAGAUCAUGGACUCACAGGCAGAAGGGUAUCUUAAAAACCUGAAGCUCCUGAGCAGUGAUUCUGCAACUUACCCUGAUAUGGAGUCGGAUGUACAUUCAUGGGAAUCGUUUCUUUCUAAGGUUAGAAAAGAAAUCGUGAAAGCAAAGUCUCAGUAUGAAGAACAAAUACAGGCAGUUAAAAAUGGCUCUCGGCUCAGUGAACUUCCUAAAGUGCAGAUUCCUGAGCUUUCAUUUCCCAUCUGUAGCACAAUUCCUCCUAUGGUACUUCCAGAGUCUUCAGGUCAUGAAGAUCAUGGAACCUCCACUUCUACAAGUCAUGGGACUGGAAACCAAACAGCAGUUGCUAAGGAUUCAAGUCUGGUCUCUGCCAAUGAUGGCCCAGUGGGGGCUUCCUCUCCACCGUUAACAGGAUCGCUCUCCUGUCAGCCUGAAGUCACCCAGCUGCCAGAGUGUGAGAUCACGGGCCAGGAAACUCCGCCAAAACAAAGCCUUGUGGCUGAUCAGAAACCACCUAUUCUUCCAGGACGUGCUACCCGCUCAAGCCAGUCUCCAAAAAAGCCGUUUAAUAGUAUUAUCGAGCACCUGUCAGUGGUAUUCCCAUGUUACAACAGCACCGAGCUUGCUGGUUUUAUUAAAAAAGUGCGAAACAAGAAUAAGAACUCGCUCUCAGGAUUGAGUAUUGAUGAAAUUGUCCAAAGAGUGACAGAACACAUUCUAGAUGAACAGAAAAAGAAAAAGCCAAAUUCAAAUUCAGGAAAAGACAAGAAGUUGUCUGAGCCCAGCUCUGCUGCUUCUGUGACCAGGGCCUCCCAGGGCCCACCCUCCAUAAUUGCUGGACCAUCGCCCAAAACCAAGGGACAGAAGACAGAAGAUAUCCCUGUGAGGAUUGCAUCGGGUGCAGCUUCCUGUGAACUAUGCCGUGAGGUAUUCAAAUCCAAAAAUGUGCGUGUGCUAAAAUGUGGGCACAGGUUUCACAAAGGGUGCUUUAAGCAGUGGCUGAAAGGGCAGAGCACUUGCCCAGCCUGCCUUGAUCAGGAUCUCCUGUAAGAAGAACAGCCGGCACCUUCUGGAAGAGGUCAGCCUGCUUUUCUAGGUAGUCACAGUUCACUGAAGAGUAAUUUACUGGUUUGUUGAAUUGGAAGAAUAACAAUAUAUUACUUCUGGUAUAAAAAGCAAACAUUUGAGAUUCUUUGCACUGUGUGUCACAGUGCUAAUAAAUGGAAAUCUUUAAUACAGUUGAUAGUAAUUUCCCUGCUCUUAUUAAACACUUCGAUAAUAGCAAAUAGUGGCUAAUAAAAUUAUGUGUAGCCACAUUCCUAAAUUGUUGGGGCUUCUUACAGAGGUGCUCUCUGAGAUGGAAGGCUUCUUUUGGGAAGUGUUACGAGCACCUCAAAGCAGUACUUGAAUUUAAAGUAUUCUGACCUAUUAAAGUGCCCCAGGUUAAAGUUUUUACAAGUCAAUAUCCCUUAUAUCAUGCCUACAUUUUUCCUCAAAGAUUCUGCAUUUAAAUGGGCUUAAGCAAACACAUUUUAAUAACCUGUAGUAAAUGGUAACAUACUGGCUGAUUUAAACCCAAAGAUUUAAAUCUCCUUUUCAUGAAACACCAUGUGAUUUUGCUUUUUCAUUUCAUUGUUUUAUUCCCCCCAGUAGAAUAAAUGGCUCUUUAUAAAAGAGCUUAUUUUCAUCACCUAAAAGAUAUAAUCUGAUUUUUGAAAAUCAAUUACAAAUACUUUCUUAUUAGUAUCAGCCGAGACUUUUUUUUGCCCUGAAAAUUGAGGCUAAAUAUUCAUCACCCCCGUGCUACAUUUGGAACUUGUUCUUUGAAUAUCUUACUCUUACUAGCCCCAUUUGUCCUUCUUCAUGAGUUAGAUGACAAAUGUUCGGGUAUCUCUGUCUAACACAUAGUAGGUGCCAUAGGGAAACAGUCACCGUCAUUUCCCUCCCUUAUCCCACCAAAGAAAGAGGCACUUGUGUAAUUAGACAAUCCUGAGGUGCCCGUUUCACUUGUUCUGUGUUUGACAUCUGUGUGAAGUAAUGCAUGCACUCUUGUACUGUGGUGUGAGAACAAAACUUUAACUGCAUUAGAAUCUGUUAAAAUAUUAGAUCUCUUUAGUGACUUGUAGACAGUCGUAAAUAUAGAAACAUGAAUUCUGGACACAUUCCAUUUCUCUCAGACAUCAAAAAAAUGUUUUUCUUUGUGUUCUUUGUUCCCCUGGAAGCUCACAGUCCCAAGUUUGUGAGCUAAUUUGGUCAUCUUCCUCAGCCUAGGUUCCUUGUGAGUUUUGAUGUCUUAGUGACUUAGUCCAUAGAUGCUCACUCUGUAUUUUGAGGCAGAUUCUCCUUGCAGGUCCCUGAAACAUUGUCUACAUGUUCACAAUAACUGAGAACUGUAGAUAGGAAGAUAUGUAGGGACCAGUUUGUAGCAGCAGGUAUAAAGGAAAAGAAGAGCAACUGGAGAGUGAGAAAAUGUGUUUUGUACAUCAAACAAAUAUUGUGAACAUGCCUUAUACAUGUCCGGUGUAAGUUUCAAAAUAAAGAGCGUUCUA